AUGCAGUCUCCUGGUAUUUCCCCUGUAACUGAACAUCUUUCAGAGAGCGCGAGGCCUAGUUCGCCCUGGUCGUCGCUUUCUCAUGUUUUGAGAGCGCGUGGUCGAACGUUGUCCUCGUACACGUCCAAGAUCCCCGUCCUCGCUGGCUCGUCACGAUAUCAAGCUUUUCAAUUUUAUUCUGACAUUGGGGAUGACCAGAAGUCAGAGGGCGAUAUUCCGUUGAGAUUUGCAGACCCUCCCCCGACGCUCAAGGAGCUGCACAUUGAUGGACACAAGUUAAACCACCACCUUGAUCAAGAAAUAUCUGGAUUGGGAGACAAUGCGGAUGUCUGGGAAGAGUAUUGCAACGAAUCGGCGGUCAUAGACAGAGAACUCAUUUCAGAACUCAACGGAAGUUUGGAUGUACUUCUCAUCUUCGCUGGUUUGUUCUGCGCAGUGCUCGCAGCCUUGUUGAUAGAAUCGUACAAGCUCCUCCUGCCCAGCAACGAUGAUCAGUCUCUCGUCCUCCUCGAAAAUAUUCUUAUCACACUGCAUAACAAGACUGCGCCACAACUACCCAUGCAACAAGACUUCAGCCCAAAGCCCUACGCCGUGCGGGUAAAUACAUUGUGGUUCGCAUCCCUCGCUCUAGCACUUGGUGUCGCCGUGGAGGUGAUGUUGGCUAAACAAUGGCUCCACAAGUAUGGUGAAGGUCUGUCAAAUGUCCCUAGGCUUCGGACGCAGCUACGACAGUAUCGCUACGACAACCUGCGCCGAUGGGCUCUACCGGAAAUGGUCAACUUUCUCCCCACAUUACUUCAUCUUGCACUUGCCCUCUUCCUCCUCGGUCUCAUUGACUUCUUGUGGAAUCUCAACAUCUUCGUUGCAACUGUAACACUUUCAAUUUGCACACUGUUUGGCGGUAUAUAUGCCCUCCUCAUGAUACUCCCCCAUCUAUACACCGACUGUCCCUAUAAAACGCCCUUCUCUCGCCUGCUGGGCUUGGCAUAUUUUCGCAUCCGAACGGCAUUACACAACUUGCGAGGGGAUCACGCCGCACCUCCCAAGUUUGUGUCCUUGGAGCAAGCGGAGCAACAGGCUAUACAGGCUCGGCGGGAUGUCCUCCAAGCAAAGGCACUUGCAUGGCUCAUGACCAAUUCCCGAAGCACGCUCAUCGUAAAGACGGUCACCCGGUCCUUUGCGAGCUUAACGCCGGGCUUUACCGCAAUGUCAAUCCUUCGACAAGCGGGAGCAAUCCAGCGCGUAGCAGAGCAGUUUCUCUCGUGCUUCACGGAGAACAAAGUCUCCUCGUUUACCAGCGAACCGGCUUUUCGGUUUCAGCUAAACAAGGAGAAGAGUGAAGAAGCAGGGAUCUAUGCCCGAGCUCUUGUGGUUCUCACUGAGGGCCUACCAGCUACCCGCUGGCCUUUGAAGCCUCCCCGAGACCUCUUCCUGUACUCGGACGCGCUAGAUUCUGCAUUGGGCAGCCUUAUGAGCCAAACAGACGACGUGGAUGUCGUCAUGUACGCGAUUGCUGCGAGAGAACAUGUCUACCGCGCUGGACGGAAUCGCUUCCCAAACAAUCGAUCUCAAGCUCCCGCUCAUAGUCUGGGAGAACUCUUGGAUGUCACCAGGAAGGUUUCAGACGAUGAACUGAUCCCGAGUAUCAGUGGUGUCGUUUGCAUUCUUGACACAAUCCGACGCUGUGUCGAGGCUACGGCAUUGGAGCAGCGGUACUCUAUAUGGGAGGACUUUUCAGUGCCCCUGAUGCAGAUAUUAGAGGACACACCUCCAGAGUGCCGUGUGAGAGAAUCCCUUUCCCGGGUUCUAGCCUGCUUCGCCGGGCUGAGCCCUUCUCGCGAUUAUUCGGAUGGAAACGACCCGACAGAGCACCGGAUCAUUUUUGCGCUCUCCUCUCUUCUAGCCAUUACUGACCGUAAAAUGAAGCGGGAGGGUGAAGAAGAGAUGAUUGUGAACAUGAUCGCCGCUGCGUUGAGUGUCACGCUGGAGAGUUACAGCAGCUUCUUUGUUCAUUCUAUUCGACCGCUUAGCGAGCCUCUCGCCCUCCUUCUCCCUCUCAUAUCGACCUCGAAUUCAACAGAGGUUAAGAAAUCAUGCCUGGACAUGAUACGACAUGCGGACUAUACGGAUCUGCCACCAAACUCUUUUUCCUCUCUCAUGGGAAUUCUCAAAGAUUCUGCAUAUUCCGAACUUCACCCCAACCUUGCCCAGGUACUGGACAAGCACAUGCAAAAUCCUCACGUCUCACCCCACCUCGCUGACCCAGCCAUCCUUCGCAGCAUAAUUGCACUCUUGGCGGCAAAGCAUAUAGAGACCAGAGUGCAAGCGUCAAGUCUACUACUCGAAACGUGCUCCUCAGCCCUCAGAGCGGGUGGCAAGGCAGCUCAACGUGCAGCAUUAGACCCGCUCAUUAAAAGCGGUCUUCUCGAAGGACUUUCAAACUACUUCCGGGUAUGCACAGCAACUACAUCUACAGCAGAUGAGGCAGCCUUGCUGUAUGGUCGGGAAGACAAUUGGGUCCCGCGGUUGCUUACCUUGCUCGAUCUCUACCAGACCGAGAUCAUUGAGAGCGAGGUAAUGGAAGCAUGUAUACUAAUGUCCCUACAAAUCCAACCGGGAAAGGCGGAAACGGCAACGAACCUCAAAGAGUGGUGGUCUCGAUAUACGGAAUGGGUUAAUUCGCGCAGUAAAGGACCCAAACCUCGAGCGAAGGGUGCUCUCUAUCGGAGACAGGAUGUAUAA